CCUCCCAGCGCAGGGGCCGGCGGCCGCGGCAGGGCGGGCGCCGCGCGCAGGCAGGGCGGGCGUAUUCAAUGGAAGUAUGUUACCAGCUGCCGGUGCUGCCGCUGGACAGGCCGGUCCCCCAGCACGUCCUCAGCCGCCGAGGAGCCAUCAGCUUCAGCUCCAGCUCCGCGCUUUUCGGCUGUCCCAACCCCCGGCAGCUCUCACAGAGGCGUGGAGCUAUUUCCUAUGACAGUUCUGAUCAGACUGCAUUAUACAUUCGUAUGCUAGGAGAUGUACGCGUAAGGAGCCGAGCAGGAUUUGAGUCAGAAAGAAGAGGCUCUCAUCCCUACAUUGACUUCCGUAUUUUUCACUCUCAAUCAGAAAUUGAAGUGUCUGUCUCUGCAAGGAAUAUUAGACGGUUAUUAAGUUUCCAGCGCUAUCUCAGAUCCUCACGAUUUUUCCGGGGUACUACAGUUUCCAGUUCUCUUAACAUUUUAGAUGAUGAUUACAAUGGACAAGCCAAGUGUAUGCUGGAAAAAGUUGGAAAUUGGAAUUUUGAUAUCUUUCUAUUUGAUAGACUAACAAAUGUGAUUAAGGCUCUGGAGGACCCAGAAUCUAGAACAGGGGAGUGUGACUGGGCAGAUGGCAGCUGCUUACCAUUCGAGCUUGCCAAUUCUGUAACUCCUUGGGAUAUCUUGCUGAGCUUAAUCGCAGCUGCCACUCAUGAUCUGGAUCACCCAGGUGUGAAUCAACCUUUCCUUAUUAAAACGAACCAUUACCUGGCAACUUUAUACAAGAAUACCUCAGUACUGGAAAAUCACCACUGGAGGUCUGCAGUGGGCUUAUUGAGAGAAUCUGGUUUAUUCUCACAUCUACCAUUAGAAAGCAGGCAACAAAUGGAGACUCAGAUAGGUGCUUUGAUACUAGCCACAGACAUCAGUCGCCAGAACGAGUACCUGUCUUUGUUUAGGUCCCAUUUGGAUAGAGGUGACUUAUGCCUAGAAGAUGUCAGACAUAGGCAUUUGGUUUUACAGAUGGCUUUGAAAUGUGCUGAUAUUUGUAACCCAUGUCGGACCUGGGAAUUAAGUAAGCAGUGGAGUGAAAAAGUAACAGAGGAAUUCUUCCACCAAGGAGAUAUAGAAAAAAAGUAUCAUUUGAGUGUGAGUCCACUUUGUGAUCGACAAACUGAAUCUAUUGCCAACAUCCAGAUUGGUUUUAUGACUUACCUAGUGGAGCCUUUAUUUACAGAAUGGGCCAGGUUUUCAGAUACACGGCUAUCUCAGACAAUGCUUGGACAUGUAGGGCUAAAUAAAGCCAGCUGGAAAGGACUGCAGAGAGAGCAGUCUAGCAGUGAGGACACUGAUGCUGCGUUUCAGUUGAACUCACAGUUAUUACCUCAGGAAAAUCGGUUAUCCUAACCCCUGAACCAGUGGGACAAACUGCCUCCUGGAAGUUUUUAGAAAUGUGAAAUGGGGUCUUGAGGUGAGAGAACUUACUCUUGACUGCCAAGGUUUCCAAGUGAAUGCCAGCAUUAUUUAUUUCCAAGAUUCCUUCUGUUGGAUCAUUUGAACCUCCUUUUUAAUUACAAGACCUGAACUUACAGCAAUAUGCAUUUGGCUUUAGUGUGAAACCUUGAAUAUGCAAAACCCAGCAGGAGAACUUGAAAGGAAUAACAAAGGAAGUUUCUCAAGUUGUGCCAUGUGCUUUUCAAAAUAUUCAAACUCGUUCUUCAAACUCCUUCAAACUGUGAAACUUGAACUGAAUAUUUCAGCAGCAAUCUCUUGGAAUCCAGCCAGUCUGAUGCAACAGUGUGUGUCUGUAUCUUCCACUAAAUUCUCUCUGAGAAAAUGGAAAUGUGAAGUGCCCAGCCUCUGCUGCCUCUGGCAAGACUCAAUGUUUACAAAUCAACUCUGAAAAUCUUGGUUCUAAAUUGCCUUGGAGCAUGAUUGUGAAGGAACCACUAAAAAAAUUUAAAGAUCAAACUUUAGACUGCAGCUCUUUCCCCCAGUUUGCCUUUUUUCCCCUUCCUUUGGAUGCCACCAAAGCCUCCCACUUGCUAUACUUUAUUUUAUGCACUGGAAGCUGAGCAUUUAUCAUAAGAGUACCGCCAAGCUUUCACUCCAGUGC